UAAAGUUGGGGAAAACUGGCUUUUGAGUACUGUUGUCAUGCUCCUGUCUUCUGGUUUCACAACUUUGUGGUUUUGCACCGCACACCAUGAGCACCUUAUAGAAAUCUGUGAGCCGAGGUGUGUCCUUAAUCACAGAUGACACCGAAAUUGCUCGUCAAGAGAUAAUCUUAUUAACACCGCAGCUGCUCCUGCCCUCUGCCUGGUUUAUACUUAUUUGUUCCAGUUCGGUAUCACUAAGAUCGUUAGAGCCAUUAGUUAAUAAUUAAUGCAUGAUUGCUUAAAUUUUAUCGAAGUAAUAGUGUUGGUUGUUUUUCUACUUACUGGUUCAAAGCUAAGCCUGCUUGACCCUGGUAUCGCACACUGUGUAGACAAUAGUCAAUCCAUGGUACCUUACAUGGAUUCUUUUCUCAGAAGAAUUACUGGCAGAACACUGUAUGAAGUACAGAAUGAACUCUGAUGGGAAUAAAUCAUUUGUUUUCUUUUAAGGAUCAGUCUUCAACUGGCCAAUUUUGCCAUUUGGCAAAGAGAAAAACCACUGGGCCAGUUACUGCCUUGCAGUUCAAGAAAAUCCCAUGUUACCAUUAUGAGAAGGAUUUUCUUUCCAAAGCGAUUUACGGUCUGCAUUAUGUCUGGAGCCCGCACUGCGCAUGCGCUCUUCUUCCUCCUCGGCUGUUCUGCGCUUGCGUUGGGCGUCUGCUCAGCCUCCCUGGAGCACCGCGAGGCUGAGUACUACGUGGCUGCCGUGUACGAACACCGAUCGGUCCUGAGCCCAAACCCCCUGGAGCUCAGCAGCCGCCAGCAGGCCCUGGAGCUCAUGAAGCAGAACCUCGACGUCUAUGAACAGCAAGUGAUGGCUGCAGCCCAGAAGGGUGCGCACAUUAUAGUGUUCCCAGAAGACGGUAUCCACGGAUUCAACUUCACAAGAACAUCCGUUUACCCAUUCUUGGACUUGAUGCCAUCUCCCAGGCUGGUCAGUUGGAACCCGUGUCUGGAGCCCUUUCGCUUCAAUGACACGGAGGUCCUCCAGCGCCUGAGUUGCAUGGCCAUCAAGGGAAAGAUGUUCUUGGUGGCCAAUCUUGGAACAAAACAGCCUUGCCUGGGCAGCGACCCUGGGUGCCCACAGGAUGGGAGAUACCAGUUUAACACAAACGUCGCGUUCAGUGACAACGGAACCCUCGUCGGCCGCUACCGUAAGCACAACCUGUACUUUGAGGAAGCCUUCGAUAGCCCUGCUGACGUGGACCUCACCACCUUUGACACGCCGUUCGCCGGCAAGUUCGGUAUGUUCACUUGCUUUGACAUCCUGUUCUUUGACCCCGCGGUGCGGCUUCUCAGAGACUUUGAGGUAAAGCACAUUGCGUACCCCACGGCCUGGAUGAACCAGCUGCCGCUCUUGGCAGCCAUUGAAAUCCAGAAAGCAUUCGCCACCGCCUUCGGCGUCACCGUUCUGGCAGCUAACAUCCACCACCCGACUCUGGGGAUGACGGGCAGUGGCAUACACACCCCUCUGAAAUCCUUUUGGUACCAUAACAUGGACGACCCCGAAGGUCACCUUAUAAUUGCCCGGGUAGCCACAAACCCACAGGGCCUCGUUGGGACAGAGAAUACAACUAGUGAAAUGGACCCGUCCCAUAGGAAGUUCUUAAAAGUCCUGUCUGGGGAUCCGUACUGUGAGAAGGAUGCCCAGGAAGUGCGCUGCGACGAGGCUGCCAAGUGGAACCUGAACGCACCACCUACCUUCCACUCGGAGAUGAUGUAUGACAAUUUCACCCUGGUCCCCGUGUGGGGAAAGGAAGGCCACCUCCAGGUGUGCUCCAACAGUCUCUGUUGCCACUUACUUUUCGAGAGGCCUGCCCUGUCCAAAGAGCUAUAUGCCCUGGGUGUCUUUGACGGACUCCACACAGUGCACGGGACCUACUACGUUCAAGCCUGUGCCCUGGUCAAGUGCGGGGGCCCUGGCUUUGACACCUGCGGGCAGGAGAUCUCGGAGGCCGAGGGCUUGUUUGACUUUCAUCUGUGGGGGAACUUCAGCACCUUAUAUGUCUUCCCUUUAUUUCUCACCUCGGGGAUGACCCUGGACACCCCUGACCAGCUCGGGUGGGAGAGCGACCACUAUUUCUUGAGGAAGAAGGGACUGUCCUCCGGCCUGGUGACGGCAGCUCUCUAUGGGCGGUUGUAUGAGAGGAAUUAGGAAAACUGUGGUCAGCAGGCUGGGCUGCAGGCUGGCCUUGCCUUCCCACGGACCACAGAUUCCAAACACUGGGAAAACCGCCCCUGUGGCACUGGAUCCCACCCUGGGGAACUGUAAGAAGAUGGGAGAGGCAAUUCCUCCUUCCUUUCUACAUAAUGACUGAGACAUUUUCUGGUAUUUUCUAUUCACAUUAUUCUUUUUCAAGCCACACCCUCUUACCACUACUACACAAUUGGUUUUAAAGGCUAAGCCAAAAAAAUAAACGUCAGCUGCCAUUCUACAAACCCA